UAUUCUUCAGUCUAUUCUUUCAAAUGUCUCAUCGCUUUUUGGAUGCUUUGGUGUCAGUAAAUUCUUUUCCAUGCUUAAUGAUGAGUUUCUUUGGAUAUCCAUUCUCUCUGAGAGCCUUCUCAAUUAUCCUUAAUUCUUAUCUUUUGAGCACAGCGUUUUUCCUCAUUUACUUCUUACUUCCUUAUUUCUUUCUGUAUCUUGAAUGUUGAUGGAUUCUCGCUUGAUGUGCUGGAAAUUUGAAGGGUUACGCGGUAACACCAGGUCCCAAGUGAAUAUUCUCUCAUCUACAUGUAUAGCUCUACACCAUUGUAAUCAGUCGCAUGUCAUAUAUAACCAACAGUCUUCCAUCAUGAAUUUCACUUAUCGUCCGAAACCCAACUUGAAAUUCUUCAGUGCAUAUUAUUAUUUGUCCCUUGGGUUCCUAGUGGAACAUAGGGCUUCAGUAGCACGUCUCCAUUACACACUCUGUUCUCUGCAAUCUUUUCAACCUGGCUCCACGACAGUCUCGAAGCUCUCAUUUCUUCCUCACACGAUCUCUUCCAUGUCACCCUCGGAUGCCCAACUCGUCGUUCCCCAUCUGGGUUCCACUCGAGUGCCUGGCCUGAUGCGUGAUGUCCCCAAUCGGCCUUCUCAGUGUAUGCACAAUCCAUCUCCACUUCCUUCUGCAUAUUUGUUGAGCGAUGGGUUCUUGGUUGGUUCGUUACCAGCCAGCCAGAGUGUGUUCCUUGUUGCCUUAUUCUUUCUGGCCAUCAGUAUUUUCACUUUGGGAGAAAAACAACACUCAGUGAAAUACACUUACGUUCAAGUAUAAUUAAUUUUUGAAUAGGAAGUAACAUCAAUUAUUGGAUUGCACUGUUAACCAUCAC